GCUGGUUGUUUGUCAUCACGUGACUGUCCGUGAACCACUAACCCAUAAUCCAGGCCGAAACCUCAAAUACAGUCAGUUGGACGAAGGUAUUAAAUUCCUUUUUCAGUUGGAAAAACGCCCAGUUUGCUUGUUCACUCUGAACCUUAACAAGAAAUGGAAACCACCAAUACUUUUGGAUCUGCCAGGACAGUAGUUGAAGAGAGAGAACAACUGUCUGCGGAAAAUGAUGAAAAAGGAAACAGUGACCCAGAAAAACUCCUGCUGUGUCCUUUUGAUAAAAAUCACCUAAUCCGCACCUGCCGCUUCCCUUACCAUCUGAUCAAGUGCAGGAAGAAUCAUCCCAAGCUGGCCGCAGAGCUAAAAACCUGCCCAUUCAAUGCUUGCCACCUAAUUCCUCCACACGAGCUGGCUCACCAUACGGAGACCUGUGCCCACAGGGUCACCGUGGACCCGAAAGUUACAAGCACAGAUGACUGUACAGGAUGGGAGGUUCCAAUCACUGCAUGGGUGAAUCCAGACAUGACCGAGGACUGGGACAAAGAAAUAGAGGACAAGGGUAUUGCAUUUGUGUGGGGUGCUGAUCUUGUGUUGAGACAAAUGUGUGGUGUUGAAGGUGUGGCUCCUGUUGGACCAGAGCUGAUGUAGACAACCUUUAAAAGCACCAGGCUGGACAUCCAGCCCUAGAGAAGGGAGCUCUGCAUGACUUCAGUUCAGCUCGGCUCUCUUCUCCAUUUCAGUCUAACCUGUGUUGAGCAGACGUGCUUUGUAGAGUUCUGUGUUGUCUUUGUGUAGUGGCCCACUCUGAAUAAUUUCUGUUUAGUGUAAGUAAAAAGUGAAGCUGUAGGGAUGAAUGGCCAUUCUCUCUAGUACUCAUUUUCUCCUGUUUAUGUUGGUCCAGCGAGGUUAGUGGUUGUCUUUGUUUUCCCUUUUCUUUUGGUUCAGGUAAGAUUUUUUUAUUUUUUUCCUGGGGUUAGAUGGGUUAAAGUUUUGUUUGUUGUUUUGGCAGUGGUUCACCCUGAAGCCUUUUUGCUUCACAUCCUAAAGUUGAUGUUUUAUCAGUUGUCUUGUAAAUUAAUUGGACUCUGCAUAGAGCCAGACUUUAGGUUUGUUUGGUUGUCUGGAAUCGUUCAUCUGGAUCCCCUAGAAAGGGCAGAACAGUCUUUCAGCAUUUUUACACUUUUUGUUUUUUUUGUUUUUUUUAAUUUCAUUUCUGGACACAGUUUGGACAUGCAUGACCUGUUUUUUCUGUAUUUACAGGAAAGAAGCAAACCCUUCCAAGCAUUUUGAUCUCAAAUUUGGAGCCACCAAUACUCUCCCCUGGGAUUCUAGCAAUCAUUAAUUCUAGCAUGUUGCAGCUUGUAUAGUAUGUAGUGGAUUUUCUAACAUCCAAUUGAUGCAAACAUGUCUUUCUGUUUUGGUUCCAAGUUGCAUUAUUUGUGUUUAUAUGUGUAUAUUUUGAUGAUUGCAAAUGCAAAUUAUCACCACCUGUUAUAUGCUAAGCCUACUUCACGCAGCUUCUGACGUUCUUGAAUCCCUUUCUGGUUGGCUGUUUUGUUAUAAAGAUCUUAAACUGUUCA